AUGGCAGAUUUUCAGGUAACACGAUCUGCCCUGUGUUCCAGUCUCUUCUCCAGGAGAAGGAAGAAGCGAUGUAUAAUAACUGAGAACUAUCAGCAUGUUCUGGCUAUGGACUUUGCUGUAAAAGAGAUCAACCAAAGUCCCAAUUUGUUACCCAAUGUUACAAUGGGAUUCAAUAUUUAUGAUGGUGGUUGGAAUGCAAGGUGGACCAAUUAUGCCAUAAUGGAGUUCAUUUUGUCAUGGGAUAAAAUUGUUCCCAACUAUAAAUGUGGCAUCCAGGACACUCUGCUAGCUGUGAUUGAAAAUCCGAUAUUUUAUUUGUUAAAUGAAGUACAAAAUGUAUUUGGUAUCUUCAAGAUCCCACAGGUUAUGUAUUCCACGGCGUCAGUUGAAAUAAAAGAUACCAAUCCUUUCUCUGUUUAUCAGAGGGAUCCAAACAGAAAUUAUCAACACAGAGGGAUUAUCCAGUUACUUCAGCAUUUCAAAUGGAAAUGGAUUGGAUUCUUUGCUGCAAGUGAUGAGAUAUUAGAAUGGCUCAGAAAGAAAAUGCUUGCAGAAUUUUCUAUCAAUAGCAUCUGUUUUGCUGUCUUGUUAUCAUUCGGCAGUGUCCCUUAUGAUGCUCACAAAGGAGGCUACAUGAAAAACAUUGCAGAAAUUUCUGAGAAAAUAAUGAACACUAAAGCCAAUGUUUUGGUCUUUUAUGGAGGGACGUUCCCCAUAAUACCAUUCAGAUGGUGGCUUAAUGACAAACUGAAUCGAGCAGUGCCAAAGUCAAAAGGCAAAGUUUGGAUUUUGACAGCUGGAAUGGAGUUAAAAAAUAUUAUCUACAAGAAGAGCUGGGAUACACAAGACUUCCAUGGUGCUAUGUCUUUUGCAGUACACUUCAAUGAUCUUACAGGAUUUCACCAAUUUCUACAGAAAAGAAAUCCUCCUAGUACAUAUGGAGAUGGCUUCAUUAAGGAGUUUUGGACUCAGGCUUUUGGCUGCAUUUUCCAGAAUUAUCCUGGAGGCGAUGUGAGUGGAGAUAUCUGCACCGGAGAAGAGAAUCUGGAGAACCUUCCUGAACAUAUUUUCCCAAUGAGCAUAACAGGCCAGAGCUACAGCAUAUACAAUGCUGUUUAUGCUUUAGCUCAUGCUUUACAUGCCAUGUUUUCCUCCAGAUACAGGAACAAAGCAAAGGUGAAGGCUGACAGAAAGGAGCCUCAGAAUCAAGUGGUUUGGGAACUACAUCUCUUUUUGGAAUCUGUGUCAUUCAACAACAGUGCUGGAGAAAAGGUUUGUUUUAAUCAGAAUGCUGAACUUAUUGGUGGAUUUGAUAUCAUAAAUUGGGUCACCUUUCCAAAUAACUCUUUCGUUGGAGUAAAAGUUGGAAAGAUAGAUCCAUGGGCACCACCAGAGGAAGAAUUCAGCAUUAAUGAGGAUGACAUUGUGUGGCAUAGCUGGUUUAAUCAGGUGCAGCCCCACUCUGUGUGUAAUGCCAAUUGUCAACCUGGUUACAGGAUGGAAAAGAAAGAAGGAGAACCACCCUGUUGCUAUGACUGCAUUCCAUGUCCAAAAGGGUUCAUAUCUGACAAAGAAGAUUUGGUUGAUUGUUUCAAAUGCCCAGAUGAUCAAUAUGCCGACAUGGACCAAAUAUCAUGUAUUCCUAAGACUAUAACCUUCUUAUCUUAUCAAGGCUCUCUGGGCAUCAGUUUAGCCAUUUGUGCCCUUUCAUUUUCUUUCACUGUGGUUUUGAUGAUAAUAUUGUUUGUGAAGCAUCAUAAUACCCCCAUUGUGAAAGCCAACAAUCGCAAGCUUACCUACACUCUGCUUAUCUUGCUCCUCCUCUGCUUCCUCUGUGCAUUGCUCUUCAUCGGCCAACCCAAUGAGAUAACAUGCCUUCUUCGUCGAACUGCUUUCAGCAUUAUCUUCACAAUGGCUCUUUCUACCAUAAUGGCAAAAACUCUCACAGUGGUCCUAGCUUUCAUGGCCAUACAGCCAAGAUCCAAGAUCAAGAAAUGGAUUGGGAAAAAAUUGACCAACUCCAUUGUUCUUUCUUGCACCAUGAUCCAAGCAGGCAUAUGUUUUUUGUGGGUGACAACCUCUCCCGCAUUCCCAGAGACUGAUAUGCAUUCUUUGACAAAAGAAAUUGUGCUGCAGUGUCAUGAGUCAUCACCCACAAUAUUUUUUGUUGUGUUGGGCUACAUGGGGUUUAUGGCCUUUGCCACUUUCAGUCUGGCUUUUUUAGCUCGGAGGCUUCCGGACACUUUUAAUGAAGCCAAAUGUAUUACUUUCAGCAUGUUGUUGUUUUGCAGUGUUUGGAUGUCAUUUGUUCCAAGCUACUUGAGCACUAAAGGGACUUCUGUUACAGCUGUGGAAAUUUUCUCUAUUUUAGCCUCCAGUGCUGGGUUACUUGGUAGCCUCUUUUUCCCCAAAUGCUACAUUAUUUUGUGGAAGCCUGAACUGAACAAGAAGGAGUUCUUCUUAAGGAGAAAGCACUGA